GAAUAUUUUUCCGGGAACGUUUCUAACGUUUCACCUCGAAAACAAAUAGUAGCGGUCGAACUAAUUGUUUGUUGCGUCAAUUUGAUAAAGUUUCGACAUUUUAUCGAGAAAUUCAUUUCCUUUGCUUGAUUAUGACAUCAGCAUCCGAAUUGAACAUAGCCAACAACAUAGACAUAGUUUCCACAUAUCACAGCCUGGAGUCAUUGCCAAAUAUGACUUUGUAUUGAUCACUGACACCGACCACAAUAUUCUAUAUAUACGUGGAAAACGAACAUAUUGAAAGAAGAAUCAUGAUAAUGGUGGUAAUUUGAAUAUAAAUCUGCCACCAGUACAUUGCAAAUUGAGUUUUAUUAUUUACCAUUUUCGGAUGAUCAUUUCUCAACAGAAGAACAUAAUUGGACAAUUGUUCGAAACAAUGAGACCGGUGACACAUGUCAUUUUUGAUCUUGAUGGAACAUUGAUUGAUUCGGAGAAACAUCUUUUCAGAUCGACCAACGAUGUUCUCAAUGAAUUUGGCAAAUCAUUCGAUUGGGAUAUUCGAUCGAAAACAUUGGGUUUGCAUUUGCAAAAAUCUGCUCCAAUCAUCAUUGAACAUUUUCACUUACCAAUCGAACCUGCCGAAUACAUUGGCAAAGUUUUAUCACGUUUUAAAUCCUAUGUACAAGGUGAAAUCGAUGGAUGUGGAGUACAAUUAUUACCCGGUGUCAAACGGCUAGUCACACAUCUGGCCAAACAUGAUAUCCCGAUGGCUGUCUGCACCGGUUGUAUGGAAGACACAUUUCGAUAUAAAACAGAGCCAUUCACUGAUUUCUUUCGUCCAGGAAACAUGUUUCAUCAUUUUGUAAUUGCUGGUUCCGAUCCAGAUGUUGGCGAACGAAAUAAACCACAUCCAACACCUUAUCUGGUUUGUAUUGAACGUUUCGAGAAUGGACAUUCAUUGCAGCCGCAGCAAGUAUUGGCAUUCGAAGAUUCACCCACCGGAUUGCGUUCAGCCAUAGCAGCCGGUUGUCAGACGGUUUUCAUACCGGAUCCAAAAUUGGAUCGUAAUAGUUUAUCAUCGGUACAACCAUCAAUCAUAUUGAAUUCAAUGGAACAAUUUCGACCCGAACAAUUUGGUCUUGCCGCGUUCGACACGAUUGAAUGAUGAGUGAUGGAUAAAUUGAAAGAAUCUAGUCAUACAUAAUACAUAAUGAAAUGAUGAUGAUUUAAUUUUGUUCAAUUGAACAGUAUAUAUAAAUAAUAAAAAACUAACACAA